CCGUCAGAAUACUCUCUGUUCUCUGUUUUUGUUUAUAUAACCUAUUUUAUUCAAAUUGUUGAUUGUAAGAUUUGUGAAACAAAAUGCAGUUGUACUUCAGUUGAACUAACAAUGGGUGGACACAAGACUAACUUGAUGUAUUUUUAAGUUACCCCUAAAACAUUCAAAAAUUCCAAACCAAAAUGCGAAACCGCAGCCUUUAUGUGAACUGGAAUUGGAACACCCUCUGUGGAGAAGAAGGAUUUAGUCUCUGGUCAAUUCAGCGCCAUGACUUUGGUCUUUGCUUCCAAAGACUGUGCCUCCACAUCCCAGUCCUUAUUCUGCUAGCCGUCUUCUCAUCAUAUUAUUUUGGUAGGCAGGAAGGUUUCGUAACAAGAGGAAAGUGGCAGAAAAGGGCAAUCAAAAUAAGAUGCGUAAUAUCUCUCCUACUCAGCUUUUUACCUGUAGUACAACAUUACAUCGAGAUUUACAAAAGUAGUACUGCAGUGGAGAUCAUAUCAUUUUUCCAGAGUGCUGUGCAAGCCAUAGCAUGGUUUACUCAUUUCAUAUAUUUGCUGGGCUUGAAGAAGAGGCUCGGAAAGAGUCCUCGAGGUCCGAUUAGCAUGUGUAUCAUUUGGUCUCUUAUUUUCGCGCUGACUGUUGUAUCUAACAGAAGCCAUUAUCUGCUAUACAAAUAUUCUUUCCAGUUUAACUACAGUAUUAAUCUUGCUUACGGGUUUAGUAUAGCUUAUUUGAUUCUUCAAAUUUUAUAUGCCGCCACAUUGAUUCCUGGAGAAGGACAUACAACCUAUUUGAAUUUUUCUGAGCAGUAUACGGAGAUUGGCGAAAAUCAACCUUUAAACAGCAAUGCCUACGUACGAUUUCUGGAAGAAGGGGAUCCCUCUUACCUUGGAAUCGCUAUGGAACAUACUCAUUGGAUUUCUCGACUUUUUUUCUCUUGGGUCAAUCCUUUGAUGUCAAAAGGAGUGGAAGGAAAACUGACUCACGUUGAUGAUUUGUAUGAUUUACCCAUAUCCUUGAAUUGUGGGUAUGUUAGUGGGAAAUUAACGAAAUAUCUUGAAAAUGAGGAUCAGUUCGUUGCGGAUAAUUCAGAGGAAGUAAGAAUAGCGAACGGAAGACAGAAUUAUACUUUACUGAAGGCCCUCCACAAAUGUUUCUGGCUAGAAUUUUAUAGCAUCGGUAUCUUGAAAUUCAUUGCAGACUGCGCUGGAUUUGCUGGACCGAUGCUACUGAACAAGUUAGUUGGGUUCAUCGAAGAUAAGACUGAAGAUAUUAAAUGGGGAUAUGUCUAUGCUGCCGGGCUUGUACUAACUACUGCGAUAGCUGCACUGUGUGAUAGUCAUUUCAACUUCCGCAUGGGGAUAAUCGGUUUGAGAAUGCGCGGAGCCAUAGUCACGACAAUAUACAAAAAAACUUUGUCAGUUAGUUCCACUCUGUUAACAUCGGAACUAUCAGUCGGCGAAGUAGUCAAUUUUAUGUCGACUGACACCGAUCGAAUCGUGAAUUCUUGUCCAAGCUUCCAUGCUUUGUGGAGCAUUCCGUUUCAGCUUGGUGUCACCUUAUAUUUAUUAUACACACAAGUUGGUCUAGCCUUCCUUGCUGGACUAGUAUUUAGUGUCAUUCUAAUUCCCAUAAACAAAGUCAUAGCCAACAAAAUCGGUCAGUUGAGCACCAAACUGAUGGAACAAAAAGAUUCUAGAGUUAAAAUUAUUACUGAGGUAUUGAGGGGUAUAAAAGCCAUCAAACUGUACGUUUGGGAACAACAUUUUAUCCGGCAAAUAACAAGAGUCAGAGAUCAAGAAUUAAAGUAUCUGAAAGGACGAAAAUACCUUGAUGCUCUCUGUGUCUACUUUUGGGCAACUACGCCAGUGAUAAUUUCUAUUUUGACCUUCUCCACAUACGUUCUGAUGGGAAAUCAACUGACAGCUGCUACAGUUUUCACCAGCAUGGCCCUUUUGAACAUGCUCAUUAGUCCUCUGAAUGCUUUUCCGUGGGUGUUGAAUGGAAUGACGGAGGCAUGGGUGUCCAUAAAAAGAAUACAAAAACUAUUAGAUCUUCAGGAUUUAGACUUGGAAAAGUACUAUGAAUCCAACCUGACAGAUCAUCAAAACGAUAAUUCUGAAUUUUGUAUUUCAAAUGGAAGUUUUCGUUGGCGGAAAGAGUUGAGCCCUGCUGAAAAAACGAAGUUGCACGCCUUCAAUGAAGGAAAAUCUCUCAAAGGGAAGGGCAAAGGAAAAAAAUCUCCAUUUUAUAGGGACAAAGGAAAUGUUUCGGAAGGGAUGGCUACAGGAACUGAUGAAAGUCGUGUGUUCAGACUCAGUGGCAUAAACAUCAAGAUCAAGAAGGGUGAGUUUGUCGGAAUCGUGGGUCCAGUUGGCAGUGGCAAAUCCACUUUUCUGUCUGCUCUGCUUGGAGAACUGCCUAAGGAUUCAGGAAGUAUUGCUGUGAGAGAAAUCGACUCAGGAUUUGGAUUCGUUACUCAACAACCCUGGGUUCAGAGGGGCACCAUUAGAGAAAACAUUCUCUUCGGAAGAUCUUACGAUGACACCAAAUAUAAAGCAGUCCUAUUCGCUUGUGGUCUCAGCGAUGAUAUUCACAUGCUUCCUGCUGGUGAUAUGACAGGUAUUGGAGACAGUGGAAACACGUUAUCAGGAGGUCAAAAAGCUCGUGUAGCGUUAGCUCGAGCUGUUUAUCAAGAUAAGUCGGUUUAUCUUUUGGAUGAUAUCCUCUCAGCUGUUGAUGUCAAAGUGGCAAAGCAUAUCUUUCAGCACUGCAUCAUGGGGUUACUCAGAGAUAAAACAAUAGUAAUAUGCACCCAUCACUUGAGGUUUUUAAUUCGUGCUGAUAGAAUUGGACUAUUAGAAAAUGGCACUUUCAAAAUGAUAGGAAAGCCGGCUGAUGUCUUGGGUAAGAUCGAUGACACUCUACCAAUUGAUUUGGAAUUGGAAGACAGUAUUCAAUCCAGUUCCUUUUCGAUAUCGAAUUCAUUCAGGGAUAGUGGAAAAUUUUUAACUCAGGGAAAUACCGAAGAUAGGGACAGCAUUUUACAGGAAGAAUUCAGUGAGAAGGGAAGUUUGGAAUUUAAAGUUUUUGCGUCUUACUGGAAAGGAAUUGGACAUUUGAUCAGCUGUCUCAUUCUUGUAUCCAUUACUUUGAUGCAAGUUUCUAGGAAUAUGACUGACUGGUGGCUGGCUCGAUGGGUUACAAAUGCUGGUAAUAAUUCCACAAAUUCAACCAAUACAACUUAUUCGGGCCUUCAGGUUGAUCAACAAGAUACCUUACUAUUUACCAGCAGUGUUAUGGCAGAUCACGACAUGAAUUCGUAUUUGAAAGUAUAUGUUGAAUUUGCUUGUGUCAACACGUUAUUCACUUUAAUUCGAUCGUUCAUUUUUGCUUAUGGAGGGGUGGUGGCUGCCGAAAAGUUUCACAAGCUGUUGUUGAAAUCAGUAAUGAAGGCUCGAUGCACUUUCUUUGACAUCACUCCAACAGGACGGAUUUUGAACAGAUUCUCCAGUGAUACUUAUACUGUAGAUGACUCCUUGCCAUUUAUAUUAAACAUUCUGCUGGCUCAAUUUUUCAGCCUUCUGGGUUCCCUCGUGAUAACGAUUUACGGAUUACCUUGGAUAUGUCUAAUUUUGGUCCCACUCAUUCCUGUGUACAGUUGGCUGAUGAAUCACUAUCGACUGACUUCCAGAGAACUGAAAAGGAUAUCCAGUGUCACUCUAUCUCCUGUUUACGGUCACUUCAACGAAACGUUGCAAGGACUCACAACAAUCCGGGCAAUGCGAGCGAGCCAAAGAUUCAAGCGUGAUAAUCAAGAUAAUGUUGAUGCCAACAUCAAGGCCCAGUUUGCCAGUCACGCGGCGUCAAGAUGGCUUGGACUGAGAUUGCAAUUCAUAGGUGUGGCUGUAGUUAUGGGAGUGAGCUUCAUAGCGGUAAUUCAGCAUCAGUAUGAUAUUGCUGAUCCAGGAUUAAUUGGUUUGGCCAUAUCUUACGCAUUGUCUAUAACGGGUGCUUUGAGUGGUGUAGUUAGUUCCUUCACAGAAACGGAGCGAGAAAUGAUAGCCGUGGAACGAGUCAAUCAGUACAUUGAUGAAAUAGUAUCAGAAAGUGGAUAUUUCGUGAUUGAUCCCCCAUUUGCUUGGCCCAGUCAGGGGGUGAUUGCUUUCAAGAAGGUCGUUCUGAAGUAUAGGGACCAUCUUGUUCCAUCUUUGAAAGAAAUAUCUUUUGAAACGAGACCUUGUGAAAAAAUUGGGGUAGUAGGACGUACAGGUGCUGGAAAAAGUUCAAUUGUUGCUGCGUUAUUCCGACUCACUGAAAUUUCUUCAGGAGUCAUAUGUAUAGAUAGUGUGGAUAUUAAAAGAAUAUUCAUUUCAUCUUUGAGAUCAAGAAUGUUUUGCAUACCUCAAGAUCCGUUUCUAUUCAGCGGAACGAUUGGUGAAAAUCUGGACCCUCUGGGAGAAUUCAGGGAAAAUGAAAUGUGGGGAGCUCUCGGUAAAGUCAAUCUGUUACACGCUAUUGAGAAAAUGGGUGGUAUGGACCAUAAAGUUGACGGAGAAGGGGUUAACUUUUCUAGCGGGCAGAAACAGCUCCUCUGUUUAGCUAGAGCUGUAUUACAUAAUGCCAAAAUUCUAUGUAUAGAUGAAGCGACAGCGAAUGUUGAUGAAGAAACUGACAGACUGAUACAACACACUCUUCGAACUGCAUUCCGGAAAAGUACUGUGAUUACAAUAGCCCAUCGGAUGCAAACUAUUUUGGAUUCUGACCGGGUUCUUGUUAUGGACCAAGGUCGAAUAGUUGAAUUUGAUAGUCCAGAUAUUCUCUUGGCUGAUUCUCAUUCACACUUCUAUGAAUUAGUGAAUGAAUCGUGAUCAACUUCAAUAUCGUAUAUACUUCUAUGUACAUAUUCUACUUCCAAUAAAGUUUCAAUAAUUUAUUAUCAUA